GUCUCGUAAAAGCAACUAGUCUAUCCGUUAAACUGUUAAGACCGUUUUGUUCCAGGUAGUUUAAGACGAGUUCAGACCUCAUUUACCGAAUAUGACCGAAAUCCGAUUAUGGAUGCGUCGAAUAAUUUGUUGUCCGUUUAACGGGACGCGGAGAAACUGGUUUCUGUAACCAGAAAGCGCCACUUUAUGCGGCUAACGCUAACCGGCUAGCGUUAGUUUUGAGAAAGCGAAACUUCCGCUUUUCUUUCGCGGGUCAGCGCGGAAACAGGGAUCCUACAAGAUGCCGUAGGUGUCACAUGACGAGACGUUACACGGGAUUUCAACCGUUUAGUUUUGACGUUUUGGUGGAGUUCGCUUCUUAAACCGGCGCUUUCUCUUGUUUCUCCCGAGUUUAAUCUUUUGCUCUCGCGGUACGACUACCUAAAAGCCUUGGCAACCCUUUCUGGUCCGGACCUGAGCAUGUCACUGUUCUCUGCGGUUGAGGGGGCCAUCAAGCUGUGCAAAGAUGAGCAAACUAAGAUGCACAUGGACAUGCAGCACUACAGGGAGAUAUUACAGUGUUUGAAACCACAGAACAAGAUUGUCACCGAGGACACCGAGGAAGAUACUGAAAAGGACCCUGACAUUCUACCAGAGGAGAGAGAGGAACUAGAGUUACUGGAACGAGCACUGAAGGAAGCACUUAGAAUCCGCAGCAGUACAGAAACUCUUAAAGAACCCCAGGACUGUAACAGGCAAUAUGUGGCUAUCAAAGAACAAGAUGGCAAAAUUGUCAAACCCAAAGAGUCUAUUCGGGCCUCUGGAACGACAAAACUCAAACAGGCAACCAUUAGACCUAUCUCUAAAUCCAGCAGUCAGCACAGAAAAGAAUCGAAGACAUCACCAUCCUCUGUACAUGGCAGAAGAGCUACAACUGGUCAUCAUUCUAAGAAAUCCAGAGCCAGAGUAAAUGGGAGCUCCAGCCAAAAAUGUCCCGUCUCAUCAGCUGCUGUGGUACCUCAUCGGGCACCUCGGAAAGUACAGCAAGCUGUCUCAAGUUCUUCCUCUCUCAACCAGGGUCAGUCACACGCCUCAAUCACCCACUCUAAAUAUGAAGCAAUUCAACGCAGCCUGCUGAGUGGUGGGGACAUGGGCAAAGCUGCAACUACUUUGGUGCCUUCUCACAAAAACCAGAAGUCUGUUUCUCACAAAGAUGAGACUAGCGCUCAUAGCUCUCAGAAUGGGAUAUCCUCUGAGCAGAUAGCAAGAUGGAAAUCACUUAGGAGCAAGCAAAACAGGUUGUGGGACAAAGUAAUGGCAAUGCAAAGAAAGCCUGUGCCAGAGAGAAGUCACUUCAUGGAGAGGAUGAGAACUACGUUUCUUGAGGACUGGCCUUGUGGCAGCCCAGAUCAGACCAGAACUCUGCUGGACAGACUGAUCCACCAAGGUCAAGACCUUACCCACUGCUACCAGAUCCAACAGAUCCUGGCCAAACAGGCCUCCAAGGCUGGCACAGAUUCAGGCAGACGAGAAAGCAUGUACAAAGGGACACUUGAGAGCCUUGAGACAAUGGCAGCGGAGCUUCAAAAAUGUUCAAGUAACAUGAAGCGAGAGUGGGAGGCAUGGGAUCGAUGCAGGCCAGAGGGGGGGUGUCUUUGCCCUGCUGAGGCAAAGGGUGAAUGGGGCAACAAGACAAAUGUCUCCCUGCUGCCCACUGUCAUUUACACCAAGGAGGAAGAACUCCGAGAGCUGGAGAAGCUGAGGAUGGAGGCGGUGCUGUUACAGCAGGAAGCGUACCUACAUCAGGCUCUGUCAGACACACUGUACCCUCAGGUCUCCUCUAUGAUACACGGCCCUGGAUGUCCCAACCCUGCAGUGCUCAGAGACACUUUCUCCCUCUUGGCAGAGGGAGGGGAGCGUUUCCCCAGCCUUGUGCUGGACACUUAACCCGACUGACUUCCUAAAGUAUUUCUCAGGUCCCUGACCCAAAGCAUAUAGGCUCACUUAAAAGGAUAUGUGUCUUAGUGUGCUGUGAUUUAUGAAUUAUAUCGACAGAGGAUGAAUUCUUCUGUGUUUGCACAGGUCAUGAAGUUCAACUGUUUGUAUAACCAAAUAAAGAGGG